AUUUGUAUGAAAAACACUGACAUCCCUGACAUCCGACAAAGAUUGGGAUGGUGUUCGCUGUUUGGGUGUUGUGUAGUUGAAUUUAAGUUUAUUGUUUUGUUAUUAUUCCUUAAAGGUGGCACCAUUGAGUGGCUUUCGUCGCCGACAGCAGCUCGGGAUGGGGCUGUUUGAGGGGCGAGCGCGCGUCAAACGAGCUACCACGGCGCCGCACAGCAACCUCACCAUCGACGUCUUCAUAUCCAACAACAAGCUGGGCAAACGCGUCUCAAAAUCACUGAUGGAGCCGCCAGACCCGGACACCGAGCCGCCGGAUCGGCGUCUCCGUCUGCCGGGCUUCCUGACACCGGCACGGGCGCUGCGUCACCGGCCACCGCCGGCCGGCGACGAGCCGCCGCCGCUGCCGCCACCACCGGCGCCUCCACAGGCCCUCGCCAACGGCUGCAACGGCCACAGCGAGCCGGUCAAACGGCGGCUCACGGAAGCCCAGAAGCUGAUGAUCAGUUCAGAGUGCCACAAGACCGAGAUCUUUGCCACGAAGCUGCGUCACAUUCCGGGCCGACCGAACGGCGUCUCGCUGCCGCCGCCACAGCAGAACGGCGAGCGGCCGCGGCGGCGGCGACGCUCCGAAGAGGAGGAGGCGACCACGCCGCGCAAACGCAUCACCCAUGACAGUCUGCUGUUGCGAGACAAUCACGAGUACUACAAGGUGGAAAUUCUGACCGGAAAGCUGCGAUCGAGUCGGCGUCUGUCGGGCGACAGUGAUGACCAUCCGUCUUUGGAGCUGGACACACCGGACGAUGUCGGUCCGGAGGACAGCUGCGAUAGUUUCCGUGUGGUGCGGCGCGGUUCCGGGCGGCUGCUGCGCGGCCGCGGGCCGUGCGGCACGCCGCACGGCUGCCGACCGCCGCCCGAACCGCGGCCGGCCGAAAACGGAGAGGCGAGUGAAACCGAGGAGAAUGGCGCCGAGCCGGCAGCGGAGACGGCCGAGCCGGUGACGCCGGCCGCCGCUCCGCCACAGCUCGGCUUUACGUUUGAGAUGGCGCCGAACGGUGAACAGUGGUAUCAGACGUACUCGCGCGAGACACAGGGUCAGAGUGUGGUUAGCGACCUGUCGGACGUGGCGGCGGCGGGCGUGGGGCCGCGGCUGCCCUACCAGAUGUCAGAGGACGAGCUGUUCCCGCCGGAACCGCCGCCGUCCACCUCCAGCUCGUCGAGCGCGCCGCGCGCCAAACACCGGCGCCUGCUGCAGCUGACGGCCGCCAGCUCGGCGCGCAAGUCGCCGCGGUGCCACGCGUCCACGCGGGCGGCGCGCUGCUCAGUGGACGCGGCCGAGGGCGUGGCGCUGUGGGACAGCAGCCUGGAGCAGGUGCAGCUGGUGGCGGCCAGCAUCUCCAGCCUGCUGACGGCCGCUGAGGAGCAGCACGAGCCGCUCGCUCCGCCGGCGGCCGGCCGCCGCCGCCGCCGCCGCACGGCCUCGCUGUCCGAGCCGGAGCUGGAGCUGCCGGCGCACCUGUCUGGUGUCACUCUGGCGUCUCCGGCGCCGCUCGAACUGGGCGACCUGCUGCGAGCCGGGCCGCUGUGUCCGCCGGCCCCCAGUACGCCGUUGUCCAGCCGUCAGCCGCAACAGCCGCGGCGGCGCCAGGCGGAGCAGCCGCCGCCGCCACCGGCGCCCAGACAGCGGCGCCAGGCGCAGCAGCGCGCGCGCCGGGGGCUGCGGGAGGUCGACAGUGACAGUGAGAGUGAGGCGUCGAGCUCGGCGGGCCGGCGGCGCCGCGGCGGCCGACGGCGCAGCAACCGCACCGGCUGGCCGCGCAGCCGCACCCGGCGGCCCGUCCAGGGCCUGCUGCAGCGGGCGGUCAGCCGGGCGGCGGCCACCGUGCGCGCAGCUCGGGCCAGCCGCCGGCGCGCCCGCGCCGCCAGAUAACCGCCCGGCCCGGCCCGUCGCCGCCGCCUCUAGGCCAGAUGAUUAUUUAUGUUCCCACGAUCAAGUCCUAUUUGCCUUAUAAACCGGAGUCUGCAUUGUGUUGAGGGGUUACUCUCAGGAAAUUGGGCUUCUUGCCGCAUCGUUUGACUCCGCUGUGUACAAAUGAUUUCCCCAAAGCUCCAGUCAAUCCGUCACUGUCUGCCAUUGGUUCACGUAUGGUACUGUAUAUAUUGCAGCUUGGCGGCUGUGCACGAGUUAUUCGUUGAUAGGUUUGUACCGCAUGCUGCGUCCAGUUCAAAGCAUUAUUUUCCGAUCUGAUUUCCAUUUGUGCACUGGGGCCUCCGUGAUGGUCUCACUGUCGCCUGUCUGCGUGUAUCUGUGUGGGUCUGCGCUAGGUGUUGCCCAUCUGUGUGCAAGAGUGCGUAACCGUUUAUACUUUUGUUUGUGUGUGUGCGAGUGAAUGGGUGUUGACGUUUGUAUAUCCAUGUGUGAGUAAAUGUCCGUGCUCGAGCGCUCGCGGGCGAGAGGCGUGCGCCAGCCGCGGCCGUUCCGAGCGCCCGGCCGUGUGCAGCGCGCCCCGCCUGGCGGUGAUCUCAAUCCUGGCCCGGGCGCCGUCUUCCCGGCUGCGUGUGCCGCCCAGCGCUCGGUACUCUGACCUGUUGUGCUCUGUCUGCCCCGGUGGCCGUCGGCCGCCGCCCGCUGCGGCUCUUCCCGGCGGUGGCGGCGCCUUCCAUGCUCCGUUCGAGCCGGCCCGACUGUGUAACGCCGCCGUAUGCAACGCUAGGAAAUAUAGUCUCGAGUGAAAUGCC